CCCUGGGAAGCGGCCGCGCUGCGCGGGCAACUCGCUGGUCCCGGGGAAGAUGGCGGCGCCGGAGCCGGGGAGCUAGGGCGAGUGCGGGCAGCGGCUACCCGCUCGGCUUGGAGUCUGGGCCGGCCUGGAGCUGCUGACCGUCCUCGGUGUGUGACCUGUGGCCUGUAGGCACGAUGGAUCUGGCUUACGUCUGCGAGUGGGAGAGAUGGCCCAAGAGUACCCACUGCCCGUCAGUGCCCCUGGCCUGUGCCUGGUCCUGCCGUAACCUCAUUGCCUUCACCACUGACCUUCGAAAUGAUGACCAAGACCUCACCCGCGUGAUCCAUAUCCUGGAUACGGAGCACCCCUGGGACGUGCACUCCGUCAGCUCGGAGCACAGCGAGGCCAUCACCUGCCUUGAGUGGGACCAGUCAGGCUCCCGGCUCCUGUCGGCCGAUGCCGAUGGGCAGAUCAAGUGCUGGAGCAUGGCGGACCACCUGGCCAACAGCUGGGAGAGCCACGUGGGCAGCCUGGUGGAAGGAGACCCCAUUGUGGCCCUGUCCUGGCUGCACAAUGGUGUGAAGCUGGCCCUGCACGUGGAAAAGUCAGGUGCCUCCAGCUUCGGGGAGAAGUUCUCCCGCGUCAAAUUCUCACCGUCACUGACGCUGUUUGGCGGCAAACCUAUGGAGGGCUGGAUCGCAGUGACAGUCAGUGGCCUGGUCACCGUGUCUCUGCUCAAGCCCAGCGGGCAGGUGCUAACAUCCACGGAGAGUCUGUGCCGGCUGCGUGGCCGUGUGGCCCUGGCUGACAUCGCCUUCACUGGUGGUGGCAACAUCGUGGUGGCCACUGCGGACGGCAGCAGCGCCUCCCCCGUGCAGUUCUACAAGGUGUGCGUGAGCGUGGUCAGCGAGAAGUGCCGCAUUGACACCGAGAUCCUGCCCUCGCUCUUCAUGCGCUGCACCACCGACCUCAACCGCAAGGACAAGUUCCCCGCCAUCACCCACCUCAAGUUCCUGGCCCGCGACAUGUCGGAGCAGGUGCUCCUGUGUGCGUCCAGCCAGACGAGCAGCAUCGUGGAGUGCUGGUCCCUGCGGAAGGAGGGGCUCCCGGUGAACAAUGUUUUCCAGCAGAUCUCACCUGUGGUCGGCGACAAACAGCCCAUGAUCCUGAAAUGGCGGAUCCUGUCGGCCACGAAUGACCUGGACCGCGUGUCCGCCGUGGCGCUGCCGAAGCUGCCCAUCUCGCUCACCAACACCGACCUGAAGGUGGCCAGCGACACCCAGUUCUACCCCGGCCUCGGGCUGGCCCUGGCCUUUCACGACGGCAGCGUCCACAUCGUGCACCGGCUGUCGCUGCAGAGCAUGGCCGUCUUCUACAGCUCGGCCGCCCCGCGCUCUGCAGAUGAGCCGGCCAUCAAGCGUCCACGGGCCAGCGGCCCCGCCGUCCACUUCAAGGCCAUGCAACUCUCCUGGACGUCGCUGGCCUUGGUCGGCAUCGACAACCAUGGGAAGCUGAGCAUGCUGCGCAUCUCGCCGUCCAUGGGCCACACCCUGGACGUGAGCCUGGCCCUGCGGCACCUGCUGUUCCUGCUGGAGUACUGCAUGGUGACGGGCUACGACUGGUGGGACACGCUGCUGCACGUGCAGCCCGCCAUGGUGCAGAGCCUGGUGGAGAAGCUGCACGAGGAGUACACCCGCCAGAACGCCGCCCUGCAGCAGGUCCUAUCCACCCGGAUCCUGGCCAUGAAGGCCUCACUGUGCAAGCUGUCCCCCUGCACGGUGGCCCGCGUGUGUGACUACCAUGCCAAGCUGUUCCUGGUGGCCGUGAGCUCCACGCUCAAGUCCCUCCUGCGCCCGCACUUCCUUAACACCCCCGACAAGAGUCCUGGUGACCGGCUGACCGAGGUCUGCAGCAAGAUCACCGACGCCGACAUUGACAAGGUCAUGAUCAACCUCAAGACAGAGGAGUUCGUCCUGGACAUGAACACACUCCAGGCGCUGCAGCAGCUCCUGCAGUGGGUGGGGGACUUCGUGCUCUACCUGCUGGCCAGCCUGCCCAACCAGGGCUCCCCACUGCGGCCCGGCCACAGCUUCCUGCGGGAUGGCCCCUCGCUGGGCCUGCUGCGCGAGCUCAUGGUGGUCAUCCGCAUCUGGGGGCUGCUGAAGCCCGGCUGCCUGCCCGUGUACACGGCCACCUCGGACACCCAGGACAGCAUGUCCCUGCUCUUCCGUCUGCUCACCAAGCUCUGGAUCUGCUGCCGCGACGAGGGCCCCACGAGCGAGCCGGACGAGGCGCUGGUGGACGAGUGUUGCCUGCUGCCCAGCCAGCUGCUCAUCCCCAGCCUGGACUGGCUGCCCGUCAGCGACGGCCUGGUCAGCCGCCUGCAGCCCAAGCAGCCUCUGCGCCUGCACUUCGGCAAGGCCCCCCCGCUGCCUGCCGGCGCCGGCGCCCUGCCGCUGGACGGCCUGGUCCGGGCUCCGGGCCAGCCCAAGGUCGACCACCUGCGCAGGCUGCACCUGGGAGCCUUCCCCACGGAGGAGUGCAAGACGUGCACCAGGUGUGGCUGCGUCACCAUGCUCAGGUCACCCAAUAAGACGACAGCUGUCAAGCAGUGGGAGCAGCGUUGGAUCAAGAACUGUCUGUGCGGGGGGCUGUGGCGGCGGGUGCCCCUCAGCUGCCCCUGACGGGCCCUCGCCGGGGACACAACGUUCCAUGCUCUCCG